UCCAAAUACUCCUAUGUCUCAUAAAGUGAUGUCCAGCAGUAAAAAGAUACCAUGUCGACUCUGAGUGUAAGUGAUUUGGUCGGCUUGCCGUGGGACAUAGACGCGAAGACAACUAUUCUUGGGUUACUCGCUGCUUUCGCAACAUAUCGUAUUUAUGUCGUUGUUGGUGGCUUGAAGACCGUUAACAGUCUUCCUGGUCUUCGAUGCAUCUUCGAGCCCUUCACCUUUUUUGGAGCAGUAACUCCGGAGUCUUGGUGGCACCCCGGUCUUAAUUUUCAAUGGUCGCAGCGUGUAACCUUGUACAGGCGCUACGGGCUAGACACGAUUUCAAUCGUGCCCUUCUUGUGGGGCUCUGCAAAAAUAUGGACAGCUAAUUUGGAUGUUGCCCGUCAGAUUGUGGCUGGAGGUCCCACCUCACCAUGGAUCAAACCCAAAGAAUACAGCGCGGCUCUUUUGUUGUGGGGUAUGAACCUUGCCGGCGCUGAAGGAGGGGACGUUUGGCGCCGACAUCGUCGCAUCAUGGGACCGGCAUUUAACAACAAGACAUACACCCUGGUAUGGAAUGAGACUCGACGCGUUUACAAGGAGAUGGUUGCUCAUGAGGGCUGGCUCGCGGAAGACACGAUUGAUAUACCCACGAUACAAACUUACACUUUCAAGCUGGCUUUGUUGAUCAUUGCAAGUUGCGGUUUCGGUCUGCCAUUCUCAUGGGACGAACCGCCGACUGGGUCAGAUGGUUCGAUGUCACUCCAAGAAGCACUGCGUGUCGCCUCUGAAUACAAUCUUGCUCGGACGUCUGCCCCGAAGUGGUUCUGGAAACUCCCCAUCAAGAAGUACCAAUAUGUCGAAUCUGCAAAUCGGACACUUGGAGCGUUUAUGAAGAAUCAGGUUGCUCUGAGAAAGCAGGAGAUAAGACAAGAUAUUGUUGACAACGGAAAGCUCGAGAGCGAACGAAGUGACGUGUUUUCUCGUCUCGUCCUUGCAAACGAAUCGGAGGCCGAAAAGCUUCCCCUGGAUGAAGAAGAACUGAUUGGAAAUGUGUUUGUUCUGUUAUUUGCUGGUCAUGAAACGACUGGCCACACACUAGCUGCGACACUCGGUUUCCUAGGAAUCUAUCAGGAAGAACAGGACGCAGUCUAUGAGCAAAUCAUGAAUGCUAUUGGAUAUGACCGUGAUCCUACAUUUGAAGACUAUCCUGCGCUGUACAAAGUACUAUCGGCUUUCUACGAGGCCCUUCGCCUGAUACCGGCAGGCUCCGUUAUGAUUAGGAGUGCGACAAAGGACACGACUUUGAACAUUCCAAAUGCCACAGAUAAGGAAGGCACUCAGGAUCUCUUCGUACCGAAAAAUUCUGUCGUAUGUGUCGACAUGGUCGGGAUCCAGUACAAUCCACGCUAUUACCCUGACCCACUUUCGUACAAGCCAUCACGUUGGUACGCUCAAGAGACCUCCGAAUUGCCCGACGCUUUCACAGCGUUCAGUAUCGGACCACGCGCCUGUAUUGGUCGUAAGUUUGCGAUGACCGAGGCAGUGUGCUGGCUUUCGAUGUUUUUGCGUGAUUUUAAGGUCGAGGUCGUGCUCAAUGCUGGUGAAUCACAGGAAGAGGCUCGAGACCGUGUAUUGCAGGCACAGAUGGUCAUGACUCUUGCAGUGAAACCUGUCUCGAUCAGGCUGGUGAAGAGAGCUGGUCGCAAGCAUGCCAUGUAAUCCUUCGAUAUUCUUGGAUAUUUUGUCGUUGUCUAUUUAUUAGCUUAUAGAAUAUGGUUACUGGAUAAAUACAUGUGGUUUCAUC